GAUAGUUCAAAAUCACUGGAGACGGUCAUAUCCAGAACAAAGAUGAAGCAUUUUGAAUGACACUUUGAAACCCAAGUCCAGAGAACGGCAACCUCCGAAUCAUUUGUACUUUGAAGUCCUGACGACAUAUAGAAUAUUCACUCUUGAUGGCUAGGCAGAAAUCUUGAGAUACCUUGAUAAAGUCUGAUUUAAGCGACCGCCCACAUAUAGUACCUCCUUCAGCAACUUCGCUUCCUCUCCUUUUCCCUUACAACCACAAUCAUUACACCACAAUCUUUAACAAUCAUCAGAACCAACAACACACACAAUGGCACCCAGAGCUAAAACAAUUAAUUCCUCCUCAAAGAGCAAGGAACUCAUUGAGGAUGAAAUCAUCUUUCCUACAAUCGUUCAAUUAAACCCCACCACUCCGCUCGAGGACUCCCUUCUCAACUCCCCUUUCAAUUCUAACCUCGAACACAAUGGCGAACUUCAAGCUGAGAAUAAUCUAGAAGAAACAAUUGAUCCAGAGUUGAUGCAAAACAGCGCCGUCCAUUCUUCUCUCGCUCCUGAUUUCAAUUAUCUAUUUCCUUUGGAGGUUGACCCUUCAUUCGUUCUGGGUUCAGAUUUCCCAGCUCCAGUCCCAGGUUCAUAUUCAAUUAAUUCAACGAAUCAAUAUGAGUCGAGUAGCGAGUUUGCCGAGUAUUUGUCUGAUCCAAAGGAUUGCAAUCCAUUCCAUCUUGAGAAUGUCGGAGCCCCUUCAUCUUUUCGAGUCGGCAACACAGACGACCCUAUCGAUUUUCAAAAGCCACCUACAAAGGUUGCAUUUGUUGAUCCCAUGCACGAACACGCGUACCUGAAGCACGUGGCUAUAUUCUGCUGCCCGUCUCCAACCUGUGUACAAGAGUGCAAAGCCGACUACAAGCAUGCGACGCGCCAAUUCACAUUGCAUUACUCUCGACAAUCAAUUGAUGAGCCAUUAUAUGGCGGUCGCAAACGCGUUCCGCCACAGACGGACAAUCCAGACCAUCGCAUUCCAAUGCUUCUUCUUUCCGGAGCUCGCGUCUACAAGGCCGAGAAGUUGGGAGAGAAUCCGGUCGUACGACUUUUUGUUGGUGAUAUCGUCAGUCGUAAAAAGAAGUAUUGGGAGGUUUUACCUGGAGGUGCGGUUGAGCAACUGGGAUGGAUUCGUGAGUUAAGAGAUACGGCAGCUCCGGCGGAUGGGUGUAGUGCUUGGAAGUGCAACACCCAUGGAGAUGUCUGGAAUAUUAGUAUUCUGGACCAUCUUUUCGACAAUGGUGCCGAAAAUGCUGGUACACUGGGAACCGACUACGAUAGUGGCUAUGCGAGCUCUUCCGGUCACAUGGGAAGUUCGUCAAGAAAGGGAUCAUCUGCAUAUGGCGACAGCACGACAGCUUUCAACACGAGUCCUGUCACACCAGUCAAGUCCUCGAUUGGCGGCAACAAUACGGCUUUUAACACGAGUCCUAUGACUCCUACCAUGCACUCGCGUGAAGGAUUCAGCAUGAAUCUCAAUGCAACUCCAAUGAUACCUGCCGAUUUCGCAGCCGGCAGUCACCAAGGCCAAGAAACUCGCAUUCGUAAUCCCAACCCUCGCCGCCACCGAAACCGCAAUCGCAGCCACGGCGCCAACAAGAUGAGUUCGAGCAACAACCAGCAAUCCCUUUCCCAAAUCGAGGAAAAUCUCGAGGAAUUCGAGAUCAGCGGCGACGUUGCCGGGCUUCUUGAUUUCACGGGCUACGCCAGUAGCAGCGGGCGCGAAUUCAUGCUACCCCAAGAUCCCAUGUGGGAUGAUGAUCUCCUGAGUGAGGUCAAUACUUUUAUCGCUGAUGGAAUCCCCUUUGGCGAAACUGUUGAUCAUACAAUUGAACACGCAUGCGAUGCUAUCUGAAUUGAACACUAUUACUACGAGAUGGAUAUGAAGAAACCUAACCAACCUAUGGCUGGCCCAUUACUGUAAUUGACAUAGACGCAAGACUUGAUAUCAUCAGACGUUUUUUCUUUUCUUUCUUUCUUCACGCAUUCGGGGAAAUGGAGAAUGCAUACAAUAUGGAUAAGGGAACGGUAACCGGGUGCACUUUAUUUUUCGAUUUCUUUUUUUCUUUCUUUUACUUUCUGCAAAUCUUGAUUUCCAUGGAGAUAUUUCGUUCAUGAGUUAAUAGUUAAUGGUAAAUGGUCAAUCAUAAAUGGAUAAUGGAUAAUGGUAAUGAACGAUGAGCAACGGGUCGUGGGUAUCUUACUUCUUUCGGUAAAGAAUUACUGGACAAUGAUGAGCGCUGCGAAUACAUGGCAUGGCAGAGCAGGAGACAGGGAGUUGAGAUAUGGAAGAGAUGUUGAUUAUGGAGUUGUAUCUAUCUUAAGAGCUGGGCUGGCCCUGGAAUUAACGCAAUGGUGUUCGAGAAUUUGUUUGUGAUUUUGAGUGAGUGAGUGUGUGUAUGCAUAUUUGUGAACUUUUUCUGGCGUGAGAUAUGGUGAGUGGUAAUUAGGAUGGGCUGUUAGGUGGCGAUAUCUUUGAAUUGUAGAUGAGUCGAAGUUGGGAGAGUUACCUGCUUGUCGUGUCUGAAGAGUAUGAUGAGUCGAAUGACGUUUGAGCGAGCAAUAGAUCUAGCA